UUUAUUUAAAAACAUGUAUUUUUCGUUUAUUCAAAAGAUAAAAACACAUUAGUGUACGUGUAAAGUAUACAGUUUGUUUUAUAAUUGUGAUUCUUUAAUAUCUUUUAACAAUAACAUUAUUACAGAACAUUAUCAAUAUAGAAAAAUGUUCCGGCAAAAAUACAUUCGAAUAUGUCUCCCUGCUUGUUUAGCAAUAGUUUUCAAUUUUUCUCUACAUCGCAUUGAAGAAGGACAUGUUGGUGUUUAUUUCAGAGGUGGUGCUUUAUUGCCCUACGUUAGUAAUCCUGGAUUUCACAUGAUGAUACCCGUAUUAACCACAUAUCGAUCUGUACAAGUUACAUUGCAAACGGAUGAAGUUAAAAAUGUACCGUGUGGUACUAGUGGUGGUGUAAUGAUCUACUUUGAUCGUAUAGAGGUUGUAAAUAUUUUAGAUGCUAACAGUGUUUACACUAUGGUAAGAAAUUUUACUGCAGACUAUGAUCGUACUUUGAUUUUUAACAAAGUACAUCAUGAGUUAAAUCAGUUUUGUUCAGUACAUACUUUACAUGAAGUAUAUAUUGAUCUAUUUGAUCAAAUAGAUGAAAAUUUAAAAACUGCUUUGCAAAAAGAUCUAAACGAUUUAGCACCAGGCCUUAACAUUCAGGCAGUAAGAGUAACCAAACCAAAAAUUCCUGAGACCAUCAGGAAAAAUUAUGAACUAAUGGAAGCAGAAAAAACAAAACUCUUAAUAUCUACACAACAUCAAAAAGUGGUGGAAAAGGAUGCAGAAACGGAUAGAAAAAAGGCUGUCAUAGAAGCUGAAAAAGAAGCACAAGUUGCAAAAAUACAGUACAAUCAAAAGAUCAUGGAAAAAGAGUCUCUUCAACGAAUUGCAGCUAUAGAAGAUGAAAUGCAUGUUGCUAGACAAAAAAGUCGUUCCGAUGCUGAAUAUUAUCAAUUAAAAAUGCAAGCAGAAGCAAACAAACUACUUCUAUCUAAAGAAUUCUUGGAAUUAAAAAAAUAUGAAGCUUUAGCGCAUAAUACAAAAGUUUAUUAUGGACAAGAUAUUCCAAAAAUGUUUAUGUAUGGUGGUUGUACUAAUGAUCAAGAAUUAAGUUCAAAUAUAAACAUUAAAGAUAAUCAAUCACAAAUGUUAUAAAAUAAUUUAUUAAUAAAGAUUACAUUAACUGAU